ACGUACAUGUCGUACGUCUGUUAAGAUCCACAGCGCACUCGGUUAUUGUCUUUUUUCUCAUAACAUCAACUCCGUUUUCAUGUAACAGCGCCCUCUGUAAUACUUGCUGAAUUCCGUGUGUCAUAUGCACGCUGUACGUGUACAUGUGGUGGACGGUCACAAUCGAGGUCUUGAAUUCAUAUUGAAAAUAGAUCAACCUGAUGAUGAUAAAGGAAUGAUACAAGGCAGGCAGAGAGAAGGUUGGAUGACGAAGAAACGUAGACAUCAUCUUCAGAGUCAGCAGCAGUGUCAAGCAGAACCAAUGGAUAGGCCCACAAAAUGUGAAACUAUGUGUGAUCAGCAAAAAGAGCAGAUGGCUUCCACCGAUCAAAAGCUGAUUUCUCCACCUCCCAGUACAAGGCAGUUGAGAAGGUUAGCUGUCCGUCCACAAUCGCAACCUCAACCAAUGAUCAGCAAGACAUCAGAGAGGAAACCACCAAAAGUCAUUCUUCCAAAAGCAGUAGCUCCAAGCAGUAUUAAGAAUGCUGCAGAUACCCUGGAGAUAAUCAGAUCUAACAUCAGACAAGUUAAUGACCUACAGACUGAAAUUCGGAUGAAUUCAAAAUGUUUUGAUGCCAACACCAUCCAAAGCCACACCCGCCUUGAGACACUGGAAUAUCGUAUUCCUAAAGUACGUUGUCCUGUAAGUGAGGAUAUCGUUUACAACAACAAUGCUGUCAGCCCAACAAUGUGCAAUGUCUUCAAGCAGAAGUAUAUGCCUGGAUUAAGCUCUCUGCUUGGCUGGAAAUGCCAACUUGAAGAACAUCGGAAGCGAGCCCAGAAUGAUCUGAGCUACGUCGCGACGGACCAGGUUUCUUUUAGUCUGACGGAUGUUGAACACAUGUUGGCAUUGCACAAGGCAGCUGCAACUCGAAGGAAUGUAGAACGAGAACUUGAAUGGUUUGCUCACACUCACCUGCAUCCCAGGACAAUUCACAUCCAUCCUAGCGUCCAAGCUAUCAGGAAAUUCCAGAACUUGUUACUCUGCACUGGGUGGGAUGCAGUCUUGGAAGAUUAUGACAUGGCUGUGGGACACCUUGCAAAGGUUUGCUGUGAUCGCUGGCUGUCAGCAUGCCACAUUAAUUGGUUCAUCAAACAACUCAAUGAAAUGCAGUCUGAAACUUUGUGUAUCUACAAUAACGAUGCCGGUAACAUAGAGAAUCUGAUCUCUGGCCAGUCACUAGUCCCAGAUGGAAACCCUAAACCAACAUCUUUACUGUUCAUCUGCUGUGUCACCAAGGUCGACAGUGGUCAAGUCUUCAUCUGCUCUGAGAAUCAGCCAGGUUUCCACUAUUCACUUUGCCACCUGGACACUGUCACUGAAAGAAUUACCUACGCAGAUUCAUUAGGCUGGAAGGUACCUGACAUUCUUCCAAAGUACCUGGCUGCUUAUCACGCAGCUGUUUAUGGUCCUAGUGAUAUGCGUGAUUAUGAAUGGCAUUUCUGUCAUGAACCCACACCAACAGGGGGUCAUCACAGCUGUACUGCUCACUGUGCUGUCCAGUAUCCUCACCAGACCUGUCUAAGCAUCUCCGGACCUGUCGUGAUUGUCAUCACAGCCAUAGCAUGCUUACAACAUGACACUUUCCUCCAUCUGACAUCAGCUAAUCAGGAAGCCAAUCCACAAUUGAUAUACUUGCAGACACCAACAAAGUAUGCAUGCUACCUCCGUAAGGUGUUGGCAGCAUGGUUGGCUGAGCAAGCUAUCCAACUGGAAUACAUCGUACCCACAGAAGUGACCAAUCCCUUGCAGAUGACAAAUCUCACAUUGGCCAGUGAAAAUGAGAAUUUGGUGUCUGAUCCAGAGGAUGAUACCCCAGAGAUACCAGCAAUGACUCCAGACAAGAAAGCAUCAUCUGAGCCAGUCAAGCUUCAAGUCCAGACAGAUGAAGGGAAGAAGAUAUUCAAAUGCCCCUGCUGCCAGAAGACAUCCAAGAAAGGUUUCAACAUCAAACGCCACAUCUUGAGAGCCCAUCCAGAGCAAGAUUUGAAGGACCUGGAGGAAGGUAAUUGUUUAUGUCUUCACUGUGGUCGACGAUUCCGCAGGAUAUGUGACCUACGCCAACAUCUUCAAAACUGCCAUGCCACCAUCUUCACUGUGGAACAGGUGUCGUUUGAUAGUAUGCAGGAGUUUGAAUUGUGGAAGGAGAGUCUUGAAGAAGCUGAGUGUUGCUCCUUUGCUCAUUACUCUGGCUUCCGCAAUAAGGGAGAAUGUCGUUUCAGAUAUCUGCAGUGUAAUCGGUCAGGGAUCUACAAGCAGCGAGGUGUUGGGAAACGACAGACAAAGCAUUCAGGAACUUGUAAGAUAGACAACAACUGCACAGCUUCCAUGAAAGUGACUUGCCAGAUGAAUGGCAGAGUGGACGUUGAAUGUCACCGGACACACUAUGGCCACCAGAAAGACCGUGAACUCAUGUGGCUUCCAAGGAAAAAACGCGAAGAGAUUGCUGCCAAACUUGGCCAAGGAAUCUCCCGAGAUCGCAUCAUGAGCGACAUGGUUGAUAGUGAAGGAGAGGUGAUGAAGCAGCGAGAGUUGGCAAGGGUCAGUGAUAUCUACGACGUCAAGAAGUCUCUAGGGGUUGAGACGGUUCAGAAACACCUGAAUGAGAAAGAAAGUGUCUUAGCCUGGAUCUUACAAUGGGAAGCCACAGAAGAAAACCCAGUCCUGUUCUAUAAGCUCCCUGGUCUCAACCCAGAUCCUAAUCUCGACCUUCAAGCAGAGGACUACAUCAUCAUUCUCCAGAGCCCCUUUCAGAAACACAUGGCACAGAAGCUUGCCAGCCGAGGAGUGUGGUGUGACUCUACUCAAGGGACAAACAUCUAUGACUUCCACUUAAUCACGUUGCUAGCUCUCAAUGAAUUUGGUGAAGGCUUUCCCAUGGCCUGGUGCAUCUCAAACCGUGAAGAUGAGAGCACAGUUCGUAUCUUUUUUACCAAGGUGAAGGAAAACUGUGGCGACCUAAACCCCUGUUGGUUUAUGGCAGAUACAGCAUUCAUGUAUUCCAAUCUGUGGUCCUCUGUAUUUUGGUCAUCUCCAAGGAGGUUAAUUUGUCCAUGGCAUGUAGAUCAGGCCUGGAAGGAGGAACUCAAGAAUGAGAUCAGCGACCUAGCCGUCCAGGCUCAGGUGUACAAGAUGCUUCGAGUGGUUUUAGAGCAGCAAGAUGAGACAUCAUUUGAAGAUUCUCUUCAGAGGCUCCUUGGUCGUCUCUCUGUCUCUGACAAGACCAUGGCCUUCAGGAAGUACUUCAUCAAGGAAUGGAUUCCCAAGAUGCAUCAGUGGGCUUACUGUUACCGUACAAGUCACUGCCUCAAUCCUGGUGUCUUCAGUGAAGCCUUCCACAUCAUUUUCCAGUGCAUGUACCUCCAAGGUCAUGUCAACAAGCGUGUUGAUAGUUGCUUAGUCCACCUUCUGAAGUUCAUCCGGGACAAAACGUUUAACUGGAUGGUCAAGUUUCCGCGGGUAAAAGUGACCAUGCGAAUGAAGCUCAUACAUGACCGUCAUCUUCGUAGCAUGCUGUUGAGCUUCAAUCAAGUGAAGCAACUAGGUGAACGUCAAUGCUGGCAGGUCCAGACUGAAGAUAAGAAUAACUCCUACAUCGUUGAGCGUCUCUCCAUCACGUGUCCUGUCAAGGAAUGUCGACUACGAUGUGAGGAAUGCAAUGUUUGUGUCCAUCUCUUCCUCUGCAACUGUGCAGACUGUCUCAUCAAUUCCACCAUCUGUAAGCACAUCCACUUGAUCCAGAGACUGGUCCGACUUCAGAUUCUCAUCCACAAUGAGGAGGCAGAAGUCGCGGGAGGAGAGACAGAAGAACUGAAACAUCGUCUCUGUUCCACUCUUCGUCAGAUGACAUCGAUGGUGGAAGCAACCAGUGAUGCCAACCUAGAGGUGCUGCGGGAUCUAGACAAGACAUUGUUAUCAUCUUACCAACGUCUGAACCAUAGCAUCCACCAAGGUAUCAGCUCCGGUCAAGACAAAAGGCCAGCCUCUGGAGAAUCUCAGGGCUCACAAACCAAGAAGGCCAAACUCCAAAUAUGACUGGCAACUUAGUCAGUUUACAAAUAACCUUAGUGUAUUGGCUAUGCUGCUAAAGUGUCCAAGACAUGUACUUUUAAUUGCAAUUGUUUGUAUGCAUCAGUUUAAAUGUAGUGGAGAUACCGUCAUGGUAUCCAUGAAUGCUUGGCAGUGGGACCUCCAUGAUGCUUUUGCAGUGUGCAUAACGCUUUCUGUGAACCAUGCACAGAGAUUACCAAUUCAUUUUGAGGCUGGAAUUUUGUUUUAAGCUGAUGGAACAAAAAGAAAAAAGACUCAGUGCUCGAGAGAUUCUCCUAUGUCUUAGACUUUAAAAGCUCUGUUCUGCCUAAGCAAUGACUGUUCUGUCUUUAAGCAAUUUAUGCCUGAAACGUUUUUGUAUCAAUCAGAAGUGUAGCCACAGGGGGCCAGGGGGCACGUGCCCCCCACAAAUUCCUGGUGCCCCCCCCCACUAAAAAAAUGGAUGAAUUGACAUUGACCAAGGCUAACUAAAGCUUGCCCCCCAAAAAAACAAACUACUGAAAGCUGGUGCCCCCUUGUGCCCCCCUCUGGUAAAACCCUACCUAUGCUAAUGGUAUCAGUGCACUUCUGAGGCAGUAGCAGCUUUUUCCAGUGUCAUCCGUUGUCGACAAAAAUACUCAAUCUGGCUUUAAAAGAUUAUCACUCAGUAAUAAACAUUGCCUAUUUUGUCAGAGAAAAAUCACGUAUAUUUUUUGAGGCAGAAACAAUCUUUAUUCGUUGAAGAUUAAGGAUUGUUGUUGCUCUGGCUGGCAAAUGGUCCUCAAUUAACUUCAUUGUCUUCUGAUUGACUUCAUAUUUCACUUUCAACGUCCUAAGAGGGAAGGUUGUUGAAACAUGUAUAUAUAUGUGCUAUACAUUCAUAAAGAUCUUGUGCUUUCGCGGUCUUUCUCCUUAUAAAUAAAGAACGGAAGAGAACAAAAA